CAAAGAAAACCCUAAUUCACAAACACAAUCUAAUUUCACUUUAUUUCUUUAAUUAAUUAACAGAAAUGGGGAUUAAGGGUUUAACGAAGCUAUUGGCGGAUAAUGCACCAAAGGCUAUGAAAGAACAGAAAUUUGAAAGCUAUUUUGGUCGCAAAAUCGCCAUUGAUGCUAGCAUGAGCAUUUAUCAGUUUUUGAUUGUGGUUGGAAGAACUGGGACAGAAAUGCUUACAAAUGAGGCUGGUGAAGUCACCAGUCAUCUGCAAGGAAUGUUCAAUCGGACGAUUAGGCUCUUGGAGUCUGGAUUGAAGCCAGUUUAUGUUUUUGAUGGUGCACCUCCUGAUUUGAAGAAACAAGAGCUUGCAAAACGUUACUCAAGGAGAGAAGAUGCAACAGCAGGCUUAACUGAGGCCAUACAGUCUGGCAACAAGGAAGAUAUCGAGAAGUUUAGUAAACGUACUGUCAAGGUAACCAAACAACAUAACGAGGAUUGCAAAAAGCUUUUAAGGCUUAUGGGAGUGCCUGUCAUUGAGGCUCCAUCUGAAGCAGAGGCACAAUGUGCUGCUCUUUGCAAAGCUGAUAAGGUCUAUGCUGUUGCCUCUGAAGAUAUGGAUUCCCUUACUUUUGGAGCACCCAAAUUUCUUCGCCAUCUAAUGGAUCCUGCCUCGAGGAAGAUCCCUGUGAUGGAAUUUGAUGUCUCUAAGGUUUUGGAGGAACUUAACUUCACGAUGGAUCAAUUUAUUGAUCUGUGCAUUCUAUGUGGGUGUGAUUAUUGUGACAGCAUUAGAGGCAUUGGUGGGCAGACAGCUUUGAAGCUCAUCCGUCAACAUGGCUCAAUAGAGAGUAUUCUGGAGAAUAUAAACAGAGAAAGAUAUCAGAUACCUGAUGAUUGGCCAUAUCAGGAGGCUCGUCGCCUUUUCAAAGAGCCUUUAGUCUGUGUUGAUGAUGAGCAGCUUGAACUGAAAUGGAGCUCCCCGGAUGAAGAAGGCUUGUUAAACUUCUUGGUGACCGAAAAUGGGUUUAACAGUGACAGAGUCACAAAGGCAGUGGAGAAAAUAAAAGCAUCCAAGAACAAGUCUUCACAAAAUCGAUUAGAAUCGUUCUUUAAACCAGUCGCUACGACAUCUGCUCCCAUUAAAAGGAAGGAAACAAAUGAGAAAGCCACAAAAGAACCAGCCAACAAAAAAGCCAAGGCUGGAGCUGGUAGAAAGAAGAAAUAGGUGUAACUUCUUUGGCAGUAUUCUGCUCUUUGGCAGUAUUUUGCCGAUGUUUGGUUCCUCUAACCUCAGAACUCAGAUUUUCUCAUGCAAUCACUAGACUUUCUCAAGUUUCUGAUAAAUUGAGUUUUUCUACAAAUUGGUGUAUCAUGUUGUGUUUUCUUAAACAAAUUUCUUUCAUAUGAGAUCAUAUAGUCCAGUGCUAGCUUCCUAUUUCUGUGUUUCCGAAUAUUACAUUUAUUUUAAUUCUUAACAGUGUGGUCUUGAUUUUAUCUGUGUAAUGGUUAUGUUUUCUCUAUGAUCUGCA